GGACGCAUACCGUUGAUUUCCUAGAGAUUCAAACUCCGCUUAGUUCUCAGGAAAUAUCUUUCGAGCAGCUGCCGCCGCGCCAUUCCUUGUGCUGCCGAAAAACAAUGCAAAGUAAUCGAAUCGCAGCGACAGUGGCGAGCAUCUCUUGCGUUUGUGGCACGCAAGAGAACUAGCCGUUCCUUUCGACGCAACACGACGAAAAACGCCUUCUUUUCUUUUGAAAAAUGCUCCGUACAGUCCCUUCCCUGUUCUGACAGGUGCUUUCCCCGACUUCCUCCUUUGGUUCUGGUCGUCCGACUUUAUUGUGGAUGGUCGUUGCCUGUGUAGGCUUCGGGGGAAGCGCGUCCCCUUUGUUUUCCUUCUCUUCCAGAAUGGUGAACUUGAAAGGGUGCUCGAAGGAAUGCUUCCUCUCGGGCUGUCGGGGUCGAGGGCCUCUUUCGCCUGAGCUGACUCGCGACGCUCUCUCGAUGCGGGAAACGCUGAUGCGCCGCCGAGUCCAGUUUCUUCGAACGCAGUCCGAAGCUGCAAGAGCUGCAGAGAGUGGUGAGCAGCAGCCGACCGCGAUUGUGAGUCGUCGGGAUUCCCUCGUCGUCUCUCGAACUCGUAGACUUGGUUGCAGCGCAUCUCCACAUCUGCCCCCACGGCCGUGUUCUUCGUCAGCUCAGACAACAGGACCCGCACACAGACUCGAAAGAUGGAAAAGCCAUUUAGAGAGUAGACCAUCGUGUGUGGCUGGCGGUGCCGGCCAGUCGUUGACGCCGGAGUGUACUGACUCCUCAGCCUGCCUUCCCUCGCGCUACGCUGCUGUGAGGACGCGGUCCUAUUCGCAGCUGCGAACGCCACUGUUUUCGCCAGCGUCGGCGUCCACCCCCGGAGCGUACGCGCGAAUCUGUCCGCCAUUCACAGUACCCUUUGCGUCUCGCGAAGAGGAGAAGAAGGUGCUGAUGACUUUGCAUGCUGUCCAACAAUACGACGACGACACGAAGCUGUCACUCAAGGUGUUUCACCUCCAAGAGCUCGCUCAAACCAGCAUGACGUUCAGCCAACUGAGCCUGGAUGAGAGAUUCCUCCGUCUCCUGCGCGACAUCCACGCAAAUGCCAAAGACCUGUCUCCUGCUCAGCUCCAGGCCCUUGCUGUCUCAUGCCGAGAGUUGAAUUUGAACGGCGCGGAUAUCAUGUGGAAAACGGUAGCGCGACACAUUGUUCGACUCACGAAAAGUCCGUCGGCACCAGUCAGCGGAAUCACCUUCAGUCAGGUGGCCCACGCGAUGUCCUGUUUCGCCAGCAAAAAGGCUGAAGUCCAGAGACACCUGAGGCACAUGCUGAAGUACAUCCUGCAGGGGUCGCGCAGACUUAACGAGCACGAUAUCGUCUGCGUCCUUUACACUCUCCGGAGGUACAACUGCAACGCCACAGAAACAGAUGGACGAUCCGAUUGGCCGUACCUCCGUUGCCUCCGCCUCUGCGCGUCCAUUGUGGAAAGCCGCCUUGCGGACUUUCACCCCCGUUUUCUAGUGUACAUUAUCUAUGAGUUCGCUCUCACUGGCGUUGUACCAUGGCGAUUGGUUUACCGGUCAAACAACUUAAUCAAACAGUCUGUUCAUCGCCUAUCGGACAAAGAGCUGGCCCUGUACGUUUUGGCAUCGUCCAAGUACUGUCUUCUGGACACGCAGUUACUCAAGCGCAUCGGCAGACGACUCAGCGACGAUGCGCUGAACUUCCAGUUUUCCAACGCCAGCUUAUCGAUGUUGUUGUACGGCUUUGCCUCAAUGAAUUUCCGCGAAAAGAAUCUAAUCAAGCUGUGCUGCGAAAGGAUACAAAAGGCUGCAUGUACCCUCGAGGAGAUCACGGUCGCCCAACUGGCUUACGCGCUCGGCAGGCUUGGUGUGCGCGAGGAAGCGACAUGGAAGGCGCUGGCAAAAGCGGCAGCGGAUUGUAUGGACUGUAUGUCACCCGCGGAAAUAUCGAGCACGGUGCAUGCAGCAGGGAAAGUUGGCUUUGCAGACGAAAGGCUUUUCUCCGCCGUCGUCGAACACGCGACAAAACUGCAGGUUGCAUUCAGUACGCAACAACUACUGAAUCUCUUGGAUGGCCUCGCGCUCGCGGGGUUUUUCCACCAGCAACUUUAUCAAACUCUCCUCGACAACUUUGUACAAAGUGGUGGAGAGGACGACAUCCGUGGUGUCAAUCAGCUACGCCGUGUGAUGUUCACCAUCUUGCUAGAGUUCUCCAGCUUCCUGGAAAACGUCCCUCAGUCGAUCCAGCUGCUUGCCGAACAGCAUCAACAGCCGUUUUUGGAACACCAACACCAGCCUUAUCAUCCGGAGCUAAAAGCGUGCUUCGAAGAGAUGGAUUUUGAUGCAAGCGUGCUAAGCUCCAAGGGCGCCUACACGUUUGACGCGAAGAUUAAGAUCGGCCCGAAUGCUGGCAGUCCGAAAAAGACCGUCGCGCUGGACCUCCUAAGUGAAGGCAACUACUGCCCCAUCAGUGGAGAAUUACUAGGUGUCGCGAGGCUGAAGAGGCGCCACAUGAAAAUUCUCGGUUGGAAAUACGUAGAUGUGCGAAGGAAGACAUGGCUUAAGCUUCGCACAAGGGAAGAAAGGUGCAACGCGCUCCGCGAUGCCAUUGCCACUCAGAUUCUUUGUUAG